UUUAAAUCAGUCUAAUGAACUAUUUUAAUAAUAUUUUGUACUGUAGCGUAUAUAAAUUAUAUACAUAGAAAAGUGUCUCAGGGUAAUACAAAAGUGAGUGGCCACAAGGAUUAUAUAAGAACACAAGGAUUAGCAAGAAUUGCUGCCACCUGACAGCUACUUUACAUUCAAGGCUCCAUGCAGCAUAAUCGUCAAGCCACAAAGAUUAUCAAAUUUUAUUAUCAGAGUUACUGACGCAACAAACUGAAAGAAAACAAACUUACUAGAAGCUCGGUGUUUCCACCCACUUUUUUUAUAUUUAUACUGUGUUUAGCCAGCAAGAGCUCAUCGAUCGUCAUCAUCAUGACCAUCAUCAUCUUUCUGCUCCUGCACCUGACCUUCAAUGUUCGUGUGAGUGUGGGUAUAGUGAACGGCAGAGAAGCAAAACCUCACUCCAGACCUUACAUGGUUUCUGUCCAAGCGAACAAGCAACACAUCUGCAGUGGAUUCCUAAUUUCUGAUAGAUUUGUCAUGACUGCUGCACACUGCAGAUACAUUUUUCCAGUUCUGACAGUUGUGCUAGGUGCACAUGACCUACAACAAAAGAAUUUGGACCGAAUCAAUGUGGAUUUCUACCAUGAGCAUGCGGAUUAUACCAGUGGAUCCUUUCAUAAUAACAUUUUGAUUUUGAGGCUAGAAAAACAUGUGGAACCAAACAACAAUAUCAAGUGGAUAUCCAUACCAACGGAAGAAGAUGAUAUCGAAGCAAAUACUAUUUGUAGUGUCGCAGGAUGGGGGAGUUUAAAAACAAAUGGGAAAGGAAACAACCGCCUCAUGGAGACAGAUGUGACGGUCAUGAAUAACAUGAAAUGUGAAAGGAAAUGGGGGAAAAAAGAAUAUGCAGCUUCACAGAUGAUGUGUGUAUAUGGCAAUGGAGGAAGCUGUGAUGGGGAUUCUGGAGGUCCUUUGGUUUGUGGAGACACUGCAGUCGGUGUAACAUCUUUCGGGGACCCUGAUCAGUGUAAUUCAUGUGAACUACCUGAAGUUUAUAUUAAGAUUUCAGCAUAUCUUCCAUGGAUAAAGAGCAUUUUUUGUUAAUUGAAUUAAUUGCAGAUAAAGUCGGGUGAUUUCUGUUUUUUUAAAGUUGAGUUGAUUUGCUGCCAAAUCUUCAUUCGAUAAACAUAAUAAUAAUUAUUGUAAUAUACAUAAAAAUGUGCUGUGUGCCUUUUUCUCAAUAAAAAAAUACAAUAAAACAAAAUAAAAAUUACAGUGUAAACGUUACGAAAUCAUCUGGUCAUAGCUAUGUGGAUGUGUUCACACAAGCUUUGCAAUUCACCGGCAUCAUGAGAUAUUCUAUGAUAGUUUGAUUAUAGAGUAUAUUUAAAACUAUAGAUGGAAUUAAUACCUUUUCAUUGUAUGACAGAUUGACAUUAUCCUGAACAAUGUAUAAGCAUUUGUUU